AUGGAAUUAGCCGCCAGGACCACACACAGCCGUAGCCACAGACACAGCCGUAGCCGUAAGCCUGCGCACUGCCACGUUACCACAGCCCGAGAAGCGAACGGCGUGCCUCUCGCCCUCCACAGCGCCAACAUCAUGGCCGAGGAGAUCACGCCUGUCUGCGCGGCAACAUGGAACGGCGCCGCUGCUAUGGGUCGCGUGGCCACGGCCAUGAGCGAGUCGUCGUCUAUCCACAGCGAGCGCGAGAGGUUCUACAGCCUGGCGCGCGAGCUCUCGGAAAUGGGCCUGGACUCCGCGCACCGCAGGCUGGAGCAAGCCAACCAGAACUAUGACUUCGACCAACACCCGGAAAUGGUGCUGAAUAACUUCAUGGACGCGUCGCGUGACGGAGAGCCGUCUCAGGAGGAGCAAGAUGGCGGUGGCGAUGACGCGGGGCGGAGACUGUACUUCUCCGACGGCCGCCGCAAAGUCGACUACGUCCUGGUCUACAGUUACCGCCGACACUCUGGCUCCUCCUCCACAGCACGCCGCUCAUCACGGCAACACCGCCUGUCAAUCAUCUCCAACGGCAGCUUUGGAUUCGCUCUGGGGGGCAAGGAGGAGGAAGGGGCGAAGGAGGAGGUGGGGGAGGUGGCGGUGGGGGUGGAGGUGGAGGCGGGCGACCUGGACCCGGCGGAGGGGGAGAAGAAGAUGAUGAGGGAGGAGUUUGAAACCUCGCUCAUGGAGGCCGGACUGCAGAUCGAGCGCGACACGGAGCAUAAGCCCCAUGGCCACGUCUUUCUGCGUCUCCACGCCCCCUGGGCGGUGCUCAGCAGAGAGGCGGAGUUCCUCAAGAUCAAAGUGCCCACCAAGAAGAGUUACGAUCUUAAAGAAGAGAGGGGUUUCGCCGCAACCAUGGCUACAGUAUGGCGGAAGCUCAACCAGCCGUUCCAACCCAACGUGACGUCUUCAGAGGAGCAGCGCACCAAGUUCCUAUCACACUGCUUCUCCCGGGACAAACUACAGCUGUACAACAUCAAAUCCAAGGACACCUUCUUUGACAGUGCCACAAGGAGUCGAAUAGUACACGAGAUCCUCCGACGCACCGCCUGCACACGCUCCUGCCAAACCACAGGUAUCAAGGCGCUAAUAGCUAAAGGGGUGUACGAGGCAGCCUUCCCUCUACAUGACGGAGACUGUAAGGGACAUUCCAAGGGGGAGGAGAGGAAUGACAGACAGAUAUUACAUGAUGAGUGGGCCAGAUAUGGAGUCUUCUAUAAGUAUCAGCCUGUGGACUUAAUCAGGAAGUACUUUGGUGAGAAGAUCGGCCUGUAUUUCGCCUGGUUGGGGGUGUACACGCAACUCCUCAUCCCAGCGUCCAUAGUGGGCAUCACCGUCUUCUUCUAUGGAUGUGCUACUGUCGACGCCAAUGUACCAAGUCUGGAGAUGUGUGACGAGCGUCAGAACUUCACCAUGUGUCCGCUGUGUGACAGCGCGUGUGACUACUGGCACCUCAGCACGGCGUGCGGCACGGCCAGAGCCAGCUACCUGUUCGACAACCCAGCCACCGUCUUCUUCUCUAUAUUCAUGUCAAUAUGGGUGGUCAUGUUUCUGGAACAAUGGAAAAGGAGACAGAACAGCCUGAACCACAGCUGGGACCUUACGGGCUUGGAGGAGGAAGAGGAGCACCCGAGGCCUAAAUAUGAGACCAUCCUGCUCCACAAGAAACAGAAGCAGAGGAAGAAGAAGAUGAAGAAGAAGAGCAAGGGCGAGCCUGCCAGGUGUGGUGAGGAGGUUGGGGGGGAGUCGGUCGCCGUGGACAACAAGUGGAGACAGAAGCUCCUGCUGGCUGGAGUAGUCACGGCAACCGGACCAGGUGAGGAGAAGCUGACGUGGAAGGAUCGCAUGCCGGGAUACUUCAUAAACAUCUCAUCCAUACUGCUGAUGUUCGGCGUGACCUUCUCGGCGGUGUUCGGUGUAAUAAUCUACCGCAUCACAGUGUCUGCUCUGAUGGCCAUGUCACCUGACCCGGGCACCAAGAGUAAUGUCCGCGUCACCGUCACGGCAACCGCCGUGGUCAUCAACCUGGUCGUCAUCCUCAUCCUCGACGAGAUCUACGGAGCCGUCGCCGUCUGGCUCACCGAACUGGAGAUCCCCAAGACUGAGAGUAAUUUUGAGGAGCGUCUGAUCCUGAAGGCUUUCCUGCUCAAGUUUAUGAACGCAUACGCACCCAUCUUCUACGUGGCCUUUUUCAAAGGGAGAUUUGCAGGUCGGCCGGGAGACUACGUCUACGUCUUCAAUGACUAUCGCAUGGAGGAGUGUGCUCCUGGUGGCUGUCUAAUUGAGUUGUGCAUUCAGCUGAGCAUCAUCAUGUUGGGGAAGCAGCUCAUUCAAAACAACAUCUUCGAGAUCGGCAUCCCGAAGUUGAAGAAGCUGUACCGGACCCUGAAGGAGAAGGAGCCGACGGCCCCAGAGCCAACGGAGACGGAGGGCCCCCUCAGCACCAGGGGCCCCCAGCAGUGGCACCUGGACUACGAUCUGGACCCAUUUGAGGGCCUCACACCAGAAUACAUGGAGAUGAUUAUCCAGUUUGGGUUCGUGUCUCUCUUUGUGGCGUCGUUCCCGCUUGCUCCGCUCUUCGCUCUGCUCAACAAUGUGAUCGAGAUUCGACUCGAUGCCAAGAAGUUCGUCACGGAACUCCGCCGACCUGUGGCUGUCAGGGCGAAAGACAUCGGAAUCUGGUUUAACAUCCUGAGUGGUAUGGGGAAAUUUUCUGUCAUCAUAAAUGCGUUUGUGAUAUCGUUCACGUCAGACUUCAUUCCUCGCCUGAUGUACCAGUAUAUGUACAGCAGUACGGGCACCAUGCACGGCUUCAUAGACCACACGCUCUCCUACUUCAACGUCUCCAACUUUAAAGAUGGAAACUCACCACUCUCAAGCACGUACAGCCGAGAGGUCACGGUAUGCAGAUAUAAGGACUACCGGGAGCCUCCCUGGUCUACUGAUGCCUACCAGUUCUCCAAACAGUACUGGUCCAUACUGGCGGCCAGACUAGCCUUCGUCAUACUGUUCCAGAACCUGGUGAUGUUCCUGGGUGUCGUGGUUGCCUGGGUGAUUCCGGAUGUUCCGAAGACGAUAAGUGAGCAGCAGAAGAAGGAGAAGACGCUACUGGUGGACGUCUUCAUGAGAGAAGAGAAGGAGAAACUACAGCUCAUACACACACUCUUCUCAAAGGACCCACUGCAGCUGCCAGACCUGCCUCGUGGUCCUCUCCAUCGCCCUCCCCUGGUGGGUAGUGAGCAGUGCAGUAGCGCCACGCUGCCGCGUGCCCACGGUGCCUACUCUCGAACCCGUGCCGCCUCCUUCAGCCAGUUCAGCCGCCAGCCGUCCUCCGUCGCCGCCGCCACCGCGUCGCCCCGCUACACCGCCGUCUGAGG